CACGACCGGUGUUCCUCGUGGAACCUCCAAACCGCGUGGUGUUCAGCAACGCCACCGGAGCCCACAUUCCCUGCUCAGUGUCCGGUUCUACCGCGACCCCAGAUCACGUGGCACACGCACCAAGGUCAUGCCGUGGACUCUCAGAGUGGUGCCGCCGUUGCGAAAGGCACCAGCGCCACCACCUCGGGCAAGGGCGGCUCGGGGGACGUCCUGGUCGCCUCGGCUACUCCGUACGGAUUACGCCGCGUGCUGCAAGACGGCACUCUCGUGUUCCGGGCAUUCGGAGAGCGCGAGUACGCAGCCGACGUCCACCAUGCCACGUACCGCUGCUCGGCAACAAAUGGCGUCGGCACCAUCGUCAGCAGGGAUGUCAAGGUCCGAGCAGUUAUCCUGGAAGAGUUCGAGGCACACGUGCACGAUGACUAUGUUCCGCGAGGCAACACGGCACUGUUCCGCUGUCACGUUCCUAGCACGCUGCGACAAUAUCUCAGCGUCUCCUCGUGGACCACGGAAGAUGGCCUUGUGAUCGGAAGGCACGAGACGCAGUCGCAAAGGCUGGGCGGCCUCCCGGGCAUAGGUCACGCUCUGUACGCAGAUGACAUCACUAUCUGGUGCGCAAAGGGCUCCCUAGCGGAAAUGAAGCAAGCUCUACAAGCGGCCUUGGACGAGACAGAGGCUUACCUCGCGGACACAGGUCUCAAGCUGUCUCCGAGUAAGUCGGAGCUGCUACUUUACAGACCGGCAAGGAGCAUCAAGAAAGUGCUAGGUUUGCCGAUUGCCAUGAGCUCCGACAGGCUAGAUCAACUGGGAAUGCACAAUAACAUAGACGAGAUCAUAGAGGCGCAGGUCACUGCCCAGGUGGUCAGGCUGUCGUCGACCAAGGCUGGCAGGCGAAUCCUUGACGUGACUGCAUCUGAUGCAAGACAUCGUUACCGCUGUCACGUCCGACACCGACUGACUGGGGACAUCCGGCCCAGUGUCAGUGCCGGCAGCCUCUUUGUCACGGAGCCCAACGGCAAGCUGGCACCGCGGAUCCUAAAGGGCCAGGCGUCGGUCGAGGCCGCGCUGGGCGAGGACGCCGAGAUGCCGUGCCUAGCCCGCGGUCACCCGGCGCCAACCACACGCUGGUUUCGGCGCUCACCGCGUGGCACGCUGAUCCCAGUGCGGUCGGGGUCGGUGCAUCUUACGGGUGCGUUGCUCCUCCGCGCUGUCAGGGAGUCCGACCAGGGUCGCUACACUUGCUUGGCCAACAACAGCGUCGGCGAGGACCGCACUGACACCGAGCUGCUCGUCAGACCGAACGCUAGCGUCGUGGUGCUUCCCGAGGAGGCCAGGGUCGAGCUGGGCCGAGCGGUGACGUUCAACUGCUCGGCUCGCGGUUUCCGUGGAGCGGUCGCCUCCACCUGGUGGGUCCACGAUGGCGCGCCCCUCAAGGCCAACCCACCACGCGUGGCGCUGCGAUCGGACGACCAGCGGCUGCACAUAGCCAGCGUGCUGCGGGAGGACGCAGGCAUCUACCAGUGCUUCGUGCGCUACGGCGACGCCACGGCCCAGGCUAGCGCUCAGCUCAGGCUUCGCGAGGUCCACUCAAAGCGGAGUGUGCAAAACCGUGUCAGCCGGCGCUGGAACGGCCAGAACAGCUACCUCAAGUCGAGGAAAGAGACGCCUCCCGAGCUGAAGGCCGUGUUCACGCGCAAGCUGGUCGAUCCGGGCGAGCGAUUCUCACUCCGCUGCGUGGCCUCGGGCAACCCGCUGCCGCGGGUCACGUGGGCGCUGGACGGCGGCAUGGUAGGAGAGAGCCACCGAGUGCACUACGGCGACUUCGUCAGCUCAGCGGGCGACGUCAUCAGCUACGUGAACGUGACGUCGGCGACGCGCGACGACGGGGGCCUCUACCGGUGCGAGGCCUCGAACGACCUGGGUACCGCGUGGCACGACGACCGCAUCGACGUCCGGGGUCCACCACGAGUGCGACCCAUGGCCAAUCUGACCGUCACCUCGGGCACCACUCUGGUGUACCACUGCCCUUACACGGGACACCCGGCACCGAAAGUCACGUGGAGUCGAGGUGGCAGGGAUCUUCCACACAACGAGAGGCAGCGUGCCUUCGAAAACGGUACCAUUGUCAUCACUGACGUCACGCGUGAGGCUGACGAAGGCGUCUACACGUGCCGGGCUACGACACCUAAGCAGGAAGACAGCAAAGACCUUAAUGUCAAGAUCAUCAAAAAGACGGUUCUGAACCCGUUCAACUUUCCCAAGACGCUGGCCGAAGGGAUGCAGGUUGUGAUCACCUGCUCGGUGCGCUCUGGCGACACGCCCAUCAAGAUCUGGUGGCUCAAGGACGGCGUGCCCUUCAGCAAGACGCAGCUGAACAUCCAGGAGGCGUCGCUGGGGGACCUCGGCUCGAACCUGGUCUUCAAUGAGGUGGGCCGGGCGCACAACGGCCGCUACACUUGCGUUGCAGAGAACGAUGGCGGAAUCACGAACCACACGGCCGAGCUGGUUGUUUUCGUACCGCCAAAAUGGAAGAUUGAACCGAGCGACAAGUCCAGCAUCGUCAGGUCGAGGGUUACUUUUGACUGCCAAGCGGAGGGCCAUCCGCCACCACUCAUUCGAUGGAAGAUAGCCCUCGGAGACGAUGCGGGCAAGGCGUUUAAGUCCAUAAUCAGCAAUUACCAUAUGCAGAUGUUCGAAAACGGUUCGCUCAUAAUCAACGACGUCGAGCCCAAGGACGCCGGGCAAUACCUCUGCGAAGCGACGAACGGAAUCGGCGUCGGACUCAGCACCGUCGUUCGUCUUUCGGUUCACGUGGCCGCACAUUUCAAAGUAAGCUACCAGGCUCUUCGUGUGAACAAGGGUGAGCAAGCCCGGCUGAUAUGUGAAGCUUUCGGAGAAAAACCGCUCACGAUAACGUGGAAGAAAGACAACAUGAUCCUCGAUCAUCGCUACAUAUCAAGGCAAGACGACACGCCAACUCCGGAUGGUCUGACUUCAUCGCUUCUCUUCGCUGCCACCGAAAGAAGUGACUCUGGCUUGUAUACCUGCCUCACCACAAACAAGUUCGGGAAGGAUGAAACCAACAUCAAAUUACUCGUGCAAGAGACACCCGACCCGCCUGAUGACAUUCGAGUUGCAGAAGCGACCAGUCGACGCAUCUCGCUGCGCUGGAAUACGCCUUUCAAUGGGAACAGCGAUAUCCUCGGCUAUUUCGUUCAAUGGAAGGAAGUUUCCGGUUCCUGGCAGAAGGAUUCUCGACACAUUGAGGUACCCGGCUCCAACACGUCGGCUGUGCUGGAUGACUUGGAGCCCAUCACUGCCUACCACUUGCGCGUUCUCUCUGUGAACAAGUUCGGGAGGAGUGAGCCCAGUCCUAUGAUUUCUGUUACUACGGACGAAGAAGUGCCUUCAAAACCGCCUGAGGACUUGGUUGUUGUGCCAGUGACUUCCCAAACCCUGAAGGCUUCGUGGAAGCCCCCUCCGAACUUUUCGGCUCAUGGACGGAUCCGCGGCUAUUACGUCGGCUACAAGCCAGUUGGGUCUGGCGAGUCCUUUGUCUACAAGACCAUCGACGUUUUGGACGGCUUCGUGCCCGAAAUCAGCAUCAACAACUUGAAGCGCUCUACUAAAUACAGCGUCAUCGUCCAGGCGUUCAACGGGAAAGGCGCAGGGCCACCGUCCACUGAAAUCACUGCUCAAACUUUUGAACAUGAUCCACCUCUGCCGCCUGUGAUCCACGUUGUGUCAACCUCGGCGAGUGCCGUCACCGUGUCGUGGGAUGUGUCGGCGAAAGAAGCGAAGCCCAUUACAGGGUUCGUGCUGUACUGGAAGUCGGAGACGGGCGACUGGAGCGAACAGGGAGUGGAUGGAGCGGCCACGUCGCACACGUUUCAAGACCUCAACUGUGGCACACGCUACCAUUUCUACGCGGUGGCCUUCAACGAUGUGGGACGCAGCGAGCCCAGCUCCAGCGUCAGUGCCACUACGUCUGGAGGAGCUCCCUUGGCACCGGAGAAAAACGAGCUGCUCUCCAGCAACUCCAGCGCGGUGCAGCUGAACCUGCGCUCUUGGAAGGACGGCGGCUGCCCGAUCCGCUUCUUCACGCUGCAGUACAAGCUGCGCGGAGAGCGGGAGUGGACUCCUGUGCCGGAGACCAUCGAUGCGGUUGCCUCCGAUACCUACGCACUCGGAGGCUUCCAUCCGGGAUCGUGGUACCACCUACUCAUGUCCGCCUCCAAUGACGCCGGCUCAACCGAGGCGCAGUUCGUCUUCGCCACGCUCACUGCCGGAGGAGCCACUAUACCCCCGAUGACUCUGCACCCCGAAGAGAGCACGGCGUUUCCUCGGAGCGUGACCCUCGUGGUGCCCAUCAUUUGUGCCUUCGUCGUAGUGCUGGUCAUCGGUGCCGUGGUCUACAUGAUGUGCAACCGCCGAACCAGAACCCACGAUUACAGUGCCACGGCUCAAGUUUCUGAGCGUGCGUGUGGCGGUGACAUGAAGGGUGACUCCAUCUCGAUGACGUCCGUUGGCAAGAAAGUGUACGAGGCACCCCGCGGUGAUCCCCUCUACUUUCCCUCGCCCUACGCCACCACGCACAUUUCGGUGUACUCCGGUGACGCGGACUCACCAUCAGGUGGUGCGCAUCGGGGCCACCCGAACGUGGCCAUGGGUGGCGGGGGUGGUGGCGGAGGCGUUGCUGGCGACUGCGGUCCACUCACCGGUCGACCGGAACACACCUAUGACGUGCCAUUCCCGCCAAAACAGUUUCCUACACAGAUGCCACGGGAGUUUGAUGGAGGAGACCCACAUUACACAUCCAUCUUCAGGACAAACCAGAAUGGUACAACAGAUGGUGAAGGGCACUGGGAUGAGCUCCUCCUAGAACGAGCAUCGUACAAUGCAACCGAAGCAAGGUAUGAUCGGCUACCGAGGCAACAUUUCAGCCUGUAUGGACAAAAGGCCGAGCAGAAACCUACAGAGAGGAUCUCGGACGAGGACAGCAACCCGGACGAAGGGGAGAACCGGGCAUUUGAAGGAAACACUGCCACGUCGGAGAACUUGGAAAUGUCUGAAGCCGAAUGCGACCGAGACUUUCAGAUAUAUUCUAAAAAAGGUCGAAACCUCUCGCUCGUGCAGUACGGGAAGACGAGACCCGCGCAUGCCGUGUCCUACGUGACGUACCACUGAAACGUCGAGCUAAAGUGACUCCGCAUACGGACGAGAGAUCAUCGGUCGUUGCCCCGAACGUCACCCGGAUUCAGGCGUCUUAAGAAAGCGCUCAGGAGAAAUCCCUUAGACGGAUGCUUCGGCUGAAGCCCACAGACGUGCAAGUGCACGUGACUUGAGCUUCGUGGUGGCGACGAUGCAUACAAUGUGCUCACUCGCGAACAACCACUGUGAUAAGUGAAUGGAAGUGGUCGAAUUGUUGACACCAGGGCCAUAUUGACGGUCCUGUGUACGUGGCCAGUGCAAAAAAAAAAAAGAAAGGACAAUGAAGAAGAGAAUCAAAAAAGUACUUCUGUGAAGUUUGUGAACGUUGUUGAGACGCUGCGUUUAACGGAUUACACUGAGCGGACGUGUGUUUUUUUUUUCGUAUUUCGCUGUUCAAAACGACCCUUACGGCGUGAGUGAGGAACAGUACAAGCGCCGCCUUGAGCUUUGCGCUUGCUUGCCAACGUUGGGUCAUCAGUUGUGCUUCCAUAAAGACGACGUGACAGCGCGCCCACUUGUAAAAAGAAGACACAAGAAAAAAAAAACGCUAACUCAAGCACAAGGUGCUGAGCUUGUUCACAGUUUGUUGUUUGACGUUUCAACGUUUGUACAACUUACCAGAAGCACAUGAACGAUCAUAUAGGAAAAGAUCGUGUGUCUCACGUAUAGUGAUGUGUUGAACUGCAAGUUAGAGAUGCAUUUCCGUACAUUUUACGUGCAAAACAUAGAAGAAGCGAGAGGAAUUUCCCCAUCCCGGCACAUUUCCCGCGUUAAGAUACAUCGUGUGUUAGGGCUAACGAAACUGAAAAGAUUUCUGUGAAAUUUCUUUCACCAACUGUUCUGCUCAAUUAGCACGUUGGUUUUGUGCGAGUUUUAUUUGUAGUUUCUGUCACCCAGAAGGCAGCCUGUUGUUCUUCCUGAUUAUGGAAUGUUGAUGCCGCACUUGGUGAUUAGCGCUGUUAAUUAGCAGGCUGUGUCUAUCCUUGAAAACUGCCAAGCGUUAUAGACUGAUCGCUUACAGUCAGAGGGAACAGCUCUAAAAAUUAUACCCUGUCGUUAUGCACACGCAAUGUACCAAUGCAAAGAGAUUGGAGUUCGAAACCCUAAAGAUACGGUAACGACUUGUGUCUGCACACUUUAUCGACAUGAAAUAUUGUGCGCUUUGCGCGCGAGUGUUAGCGUGUUUACGAUGGUGUCUUUCCAUUUGUUACGUUUGUUGAUAUCUCACGCAGAUGCAGCGAUUAUAUAGUAAAGUGAUUUGGAAACUUCAUUUUGCGGGAGAGUGUUGUCCUUCAAUUUUCAGCAUGUCACCUAUGCGAACACCAAACGUUAGCGUUGUGCACCAGUGUAAUGUUUUCUCUGCUUCGCUGCCAAAAAAGAAUUCGUGGUCUUUCCUUGCGUUUUCUGAUGCGGUCAGGUACUCGUGUUACUCUGAAAAUAAGCCGAAGUAAGCCUAAACAGCGUCCCAUUUCUUAAAUGUAUUAUUACUUACUUUCUUUAUGUUUCCAACUUUCAGGAAGGGACGUUAACAACUCCAUUCAAAGCUGUAGCAUAAGUGAAAAUUUACAUGCCUAUCAUGAAAAUUAAGGCACCGAGAAACAUCAAAUCAGCGUGUAGCCGGCUUCUUACGUGUAUGUUACUAACAUUUUCACGCAACACAUAAGCAUUGCUCGCAAGUGAUUAUCGAAAGUGAAUGAGCAUCAAGCAACUAAAAUGUGGACCUUUCUGACGAAAGUCUGCUUUCUUCACAAGUUUUAUACCCUAAUGAAAGAAAAAUAUUGUUUGCGAUGUGUAUUGCAUAACAUGAGAUAUACAACUUAUGCACGCUCAUGCCGGCUUUUAAUAUCUAAUUCCGUUAAAAUGACGUGGUUAAAAUAUUUUCACCAUGGUUUCUCCUAUUUUUAUUUCUUCGUUUCGCUUGUCGUAGAGCAAUGAUAUGCAACAUUUCAUUGUAGGCACACUUUUAGAGAACUUUUUUCGUUAAAUAUUGCAACUAACUUAAACUUUUUGCUAUGCUUAUGGCGCGACACCCUGUUAGGCAUCUAUCCCCGAAGUGAGAGCUUCGCCAGAAAUAUUUGGGGUAGUAAUUUGGUGAAGGCAAGUAAAGAAAGCAACAGCUGCAGGAAGGCGCAGGGACGAAGACGAGAUGAAACUAAGGUAAUAAAAUACAACAAAGUUUUGUUUCAUUUGAACACAACUUUCAUCCUUCUCCUAAAACUCGCAGUUGGUUCACUUCCGGUUGCACAAUUACGACGUCAUUCUGAUUCCUUUCUCAUAGGAGACAUUUCUUACGGAAAUUCCUUAUGGCCAGGGUAAAGGGACUUUUUUUCUUGUUCUUCUGUAGAAAGUCAAUGAGUAUGUGCUGUUGUCAUUUUCAGAGGCGGAAAACUGUCCUGCGAAAACGUUCUAAAUCAUUGUGCCUCUAGUUAUGAAAACGUUGUAACUAGGCAUUAUCGUUGACGUCCACUCACAUAAAGUCACCAUGUUACACUGCCCACUUGGUCGCCAUAGUGAGUUUAAGGUAUUUGAAAGCUUUCGCCUGUCUUUCUGUGUUUUCCCAUAAUGAUCCACGUUGUUUUGAACAUGACCAUAAACGCAAUCGCCAAAAUUCCCGAUCAAGGAGAUCGCGCGUUUCCUAUUUUUUUUCUGAAGGUAAUUGGUUUAUAAAAUUCAGGAACACGCAAUGGUGCCUUUCCAUUUGUGUCACAGAAAGCAUGUAUAAUGUUGAUAUGGUGUAAUAUGUACAUUGUUUAUAAAAGAUGGUUCAUUAAAACUUGCGACGU